GUAUCGCACUCUGCUGAUAACAGGCUUCGGAUCGUCGUCCAAACGCCAAACGAAAUGGAAAACGAGAUAAUGACAUCAGUUUCAGUUUGACGGUCAAGUAGUCUAGUGAACGGAAUAAUUUCCAAGUGUUGAACAAGUUGAAUCAAGUUGCAAAAAGCUGCAAAAAUUAACCAAAUCUGUAAUUUGGUGAUGAAUAUAUCGAUCGUAGUCCUUUGCGCCAUUUUGGCUUGUGCAACAACAUGCCGAUGCCAAGGCAUCGAAUUGGUGGGUACGGAUCGUGAAAACAUCUACGAAUACGUGGGAAGUGUGAGUGUGAAUGCUCAAACACCAUGGGAUGAUCAAACGGGUGGAAAAUUCCCGCAAUCGGCUGGUUGGAAAAUACGCGGUACAGUGAAGCUGCAACGUACCAACGACCAAACUCUCGUUGUAUCGCUGGCCGUCGAAAAGAUAACGGUCGACAAGCAGAAUGGAAAUGCAGCCGUAUUCUAUCAAAACAAGGAAAUGCAAACACUCUACAACCCAUUCAAAGUUGUGUAUGUCAAUGACACAAUUGAUUACAUUCAAUUCAAGGCGCGCGAUUUGUUGUGGUCGAGGAAUUUUAAGCGUGCCAUUGCAUCGGCAUUUCAAUUGAAAAACCUGAAGAAUGGUGCGUUCGUGGAAGAAGAGCCCGGCAUUCAUGGCACAUGCACCACGGAAUACUAUGUAACAACAAAAUCAAAUGGUCACUUGUCGAUAAGGAAAAAUCCCGUGCUCUAUACAUGUCGACCGCAUUCGUGUGGCAUCCAUUCGCAUCGAUCAAAUGUGCCUGAAACGAAAUGCUUUGAUGGCAUUGAAUCCACGAAGAAUGUUAUUGUUAGCAACGAAGCAAUGUAUGAUUUAGCUCCACGAAACGGCGUUGAACAAUCGAAUCUGACGAAGGGUUUCGAAAACUAUUAUUUGGACCGUGUUUACGUGGAAGGAAACACAAUGCUGCAAACAUUUGAAUCGACCGGUGAAACACAGUUGGUGGUAUCGAAAUUAACACUUACUUUUUCUGAAUCAAAUGAAAUUGUGAAUGCAAUUGACGCUCACACCAAUAUGGAUGCAGUGAAAUCGAAUCUAAUCAUUGAGGAGCAUUCAAUCAGCGAUGCGACCGGUGAACGUCAAAUAUUCGAAACGGAGGAAUUGGUUCAUGUUGCCAUCGAUUUACUUGGUGCUUUAGCUGACAGUUUGGAAAGUGAUGAUAUUCAGUUCGAUGAGCCGUACGAACAUCGUGUUGUCGAUGUGAUUCGUGUGUUUAGCCGUUGCGAUUUUGAGUCGUUGAAAUCUUUGUAUCAAUCGAUAAGUGUUGGUAGUUCGUAUCGUCAAGAGACGAUGCGUAGCCUGCUGUAUGAUAUUCUUCCGCGGACAGGAACAAAAGCAGCCGUUUUGUUGACACGUGAUUUGAUUGUGGAGAACUUGUGUAAACCAACAACGGUUCUUCAAUUAUUGAUCACGCUACCGUUCCAUAUCACCGAAAUGAGCGCUGAUUUAGUAGUCGAUUUGGAACCGCUCAUGUGGCUUAGUAUUGAACGACCUGACAUUCGGCAGCUUGGUAUUUUGAGCUUCGCCACUAUUGUGCACAAUGCAUACUUUGCCGAAAAACUCUCUGAAAGUUCAUUCGAUAAGUAUGUGCGCACAUAUUUCGAUUUGUUUUUAGACAGUCAUGAUUACGAGAACAAAUUGCUCUAUUUACAAGCACUGGGUAACCUGAAAUUGGGACUUGUUACCAACUACUUGGAUCCCAUCAUUCGUGAUGUUUCGCAGUCCGACGAUGUUAGGUUCAUGGCUACGUGGAUAAAAGAAUCGACAGCCGAACAGUCUACAUCCAGUGAACGUAGGACAAAUUACGAAACAUUUUGGCCCAUUUUCGAAAAUCGUUCGGCACCCAUUGAGUUACGUGUAGCGGCGUUCAUGACACUGCUUACGUCUAAUCCAACAUCGGCACGCUUGAUGAGCAUUCACACACUCAUGGAAAACGAAACAAAUCCACACUUAGUGAACUUUUAUCGCACCACAUUACUCAGCUUGGCCGGUACCACACAACCAUGCUACCAAAAACUACGUCGUUUAACAUCAUCGAUGAUUCGACAUUUGCCCAAAGCACCAGCCAAACGUUAUUGGGUCACUGGCAAUUACAUAUUCGACUAUCGCAGCAGUGAAUAUGGUCUGGGCGCAUCGUUACAAACACUUUUGAUCGGCAACGGCAAGACACACUUGCCGCAAAUUGCGUUCUUUAAACUGCGCCAAGAAGCCAUGGGGAAAUACACUAAUGAAUUAACGCUGUACAUCAAAGCGCGUGGCCUGGAUCAUGUGCGUUUCGGUCAAAUUGUCGAAAAUGGGGCAACCAUCAAUUUGAGUAAAUUAAGAGAAAUUUUAACAUCGCAUAAAAUGCCAACAGUCACAAAGACCCCGGUUCAUCUGGAAAUCAUUGUGCAAAUGGAAGGAAAAACCAUUUUGUUCUUCUUUUUGAAUCAACAAUCAUAUAAUGCAUUAACCGAAGGCGACAUGCUGAAUCGUUUGAUGAAAUUGCUGCACAUGGACUCACACAUCAAUUUACAAAAUUUACGCUGGCCAUUCCAUUCGCGGUACUCCGUUCCAACAGUCCUGGGCACACCAACCAGUCUAACCGUACAGAGUACAGUGCUAUGUUCGCUUCGCGGAAAUAUUACGCAAAAUAUUCAAGGCGUUGAAAUUGCGCGCAGCCACGAAAUCGACCUACGUUAUACAUCGUUCACGGUAGUUACGUCGUUCAGUUACAAUCCAUUUUUGAAUAUGGAGCAUUCGUUGAAUCGCGAACAAGGUUUUUUGCUUUAUUUACCGAUCAACAAUGAUCUGAAAUUCAAUUUACAAAGAUCAUCGCUGUGGUUUUCAUUCUUCCGCCCUGGCAAUUUGAUUAGCGGCAUUUCAUUGAAAUCACGUAUUCGCACAAUAACACGCGGUCGACCAUUACGAACGGACGAACAUCCAUACGUUGAUAUUACCGUUUAUGAAGGCGAUCCAAGUUUGGUGGCAAGCAAACUAAUCAAUUACGAAAUUGAAGACUUGGGCUUGAUGAUAACCGGUAUAUCGCAUCCGUUCGAUAUUCUAAGUCACAUGAAAUUGAUGUUUCACAUGGAACCCUCUAUUAAUACAUUUGUCUAUCAUGAAAUGGAACCGUUGAUGAAAUUGUGGAGCUUGAUACGAGUUAACGACAUUCACAUUGGCACAAACAAAAAGUUCACAUUGCUAUUUCAUAAUACGAAAAAUACAAAGUUGGAAGGUCGAUUUAUAAUCGUUCCGAACUCAUUGAACGAUGCUUCGGUCGAUAUACAAACGAGGACGGUCGAUUUGACCUUUGAACACAAAUUCGACGAAAAUGUACUGCACAAAUUGUCCAUUGUGUUCGUUGUGCAAAAUGAUAAAGCAGUCAGUCGACACAGGAAGAGCGACCAAAUAAAACUUCAAUUGGCUGUUAUCCAUACGAAUAAAAAUCGAGAACUUUGGAUGUUAACCGGUGACGCGACGUAUGAACCCAUUGUAUUUUUAAAACAACCCUAUUUGCUGCGAGGCAUCAUUAAUUUUGGCAACAAAAAUGAAACGACCACGACAUUACUGCAGAAUCCAACGAAAAUCAUGUUUGAAGUGUUUGCUGACAUUUUGUCGAGCACAAAAACGGCUUACGAACAAAUACCAGACACAAAGCAUUGUCCCCGUGAACUGCUUAAAUUCAGUCCGCCACCUCAAAAUAAAGUGUGCGAUCAACAUGUUUAUCGUCAUUUAACCACGCUACAUGAAUACGGGCUGAAUAUUACCUUCCACAAUAAUCCAGAAUGGCUGCGGGAAGUCUUAACUCGAUUCGACUAUUUCAUGACAUCACUAUCAACUCAUAUUGAUUUGUACAAAUUCACCGAUGGAAUCGAUGCACAAAUCAAUACAUUCUCCGAUAAAUUACAAUUGACAGCUUUUCUAAAUGGAAAAAAUGUGACCAUUCCCAACUUGCCUCUGUGGGUGAAUCGAAAUUUUGACGCAAAAUUCGAUCGACCUGAACAAUUGGUAUUCAGUUUGGGCAGUGCACAUAUGUGUUCGAUGGUGUCAACCGAUGUGAAUACUUUCGAUGAUAAAACAAUUGCAUUGGCUGAUAAAAUCAAGCCCAAUUGUUCAGUAUUAUUAGUGGCCGAUUGUUCAAUCACAUCUCGAUUUGGCGUGUUUGUGAAACCAGUGAAACACGAAAGUGGUUUGGAUGCGUUCGCAAUCGAAAUAAAUAUCGAUGAUCACGUCAUCAAGUACUCACCUCGUGCUAAUGGCAAAGAUUACGUUCAAUUGAAAAACUUGACGGAAAUUGAAGUCACAUCGUUCAUUACACCUCUUGGUGAAGAUGUCGAACUGAGUGUUCAUGUCAAUGCAGAAAACUUGCUUAUCUUUGAAUUUUUCAAUAACAUUCAAAUUCAAUACUAUCGCGGCAAUAUUCUAUCGAUCCAUGUUCCAUCCGCAAACAAGGCCAAACUCUGCGGUGUUUGCAGCUUACCGUUCAAUGCAGUCAAUGAUUAUAAUUACUGUAGUUGAAAUUCAAAGAUCUUUUUUUUACUAGUUUUUGAUAUUAUCUGAUUAUUGAAAAUUUAUGCAAAUUUGAGAGAAAAAUACAACUUUUGGAGGAUAAACAUUUAGGAAACAAUUAUUAUUAGGUGUGAAACAAAUAUUUUGAAUAAAAGUUAUUUUUAAAUCUUUUCCUUGAAAAGCUCUGCAAUUUGAAGUCAAUUGCUCAAAUCAAUGGCUCAAAAUCAAAAUGUCGGACAUUUUUGUGUCAUUUGAGGAUAUCUCGACAAUUUUCUUUCAUUCCAUACUUAUCUAUUUCCAUAUAAAUUUAUCAAAAUAAAGUUUACAUUAAACAAAAAUAACUCCGAAGAAUUUCAACACAUUGAUGAAGUCCUUCGAAUUCUGACCUGGUAGAUUUCCUUUUCCGGCUAUUUAUCUAACAAUCUAUUUACAUCUAUGGAUGACUACCUUAUUCAUGUCAUUUGCAGAAAUGCAAUUAUCAUUUAUCAAAACGGAAUGAAAAAAAUUGAUUUCGAAUGAUACCGUACAAUCAUUAUAUUGAAACACACAGUGUAAAAUGAGGACAACACAAAUUUAAUCAGCAUUGAGUUGCGACUUCAAAAGUUGUAUGUGAGCGUAUCUUUUUUGUUUGUAAAUAUGAAGCUGAUAAGUACGAUAGCAUACCCGACGGCACCUCCUAUAGGAAAUGGAUUAUUGGGUACUACAUGUUUGACUAUCUUCUAUGUUAUAUGUGAUAAAAUUUCAAAAGUAUACACAACUAACAAUUAAAAAAUGUGUAAAGAAUAUGGAAUGGCAUUAUUGUCAGCAAUGUUUAGUUUUAUGACAUUGUCAUGUACUAAAGUUUGACAUGAAUAAUAACCAAAUAAAUAUAUGAUGUUGGUGA